GGGCAACCGGCGCAACACAGCAAGAUGGCGGCCGCUGCACUGCGCGUCUGAAAGGAGAACCGGGCGCCUCUCCCGCUCCACCGCGCUCCGCGGGCCCGCUCAGCUCGUUCCCGAGAGUUUUAAUGGACACCUGACUUUCUUUUUGCAAUGAAGAGAGGUUCUCAGAAAAAAACAUUCUCCAAAGCAAAGAUGUCAUCAUCAUCUCACUCUCCUAGCCCAUCAUCUCUUGUGUCCAGUAUGAGAUCUAGGUCACUCUCACCUUUAAGCGGAUCUGAGAUUCUGCCUUUUCAUUCUGGAAGACAGUGGCCUGGGCAAAUCGAGAUUACAGAUGAAUCUAAGAGUAUGGUUUUGGACUACCAACACCACAGAGAAACUGACUCAUAUACAGGAGUCCGGUAUAUUACAGAGGCCCUUGUUAAAAAGCUUACGAAACAGGAAAAUUUGGCAUUGGUAAAAUCUCUGAAUCUUUCACUUUCUAAAGAUGGUGGCAAGAAAUUUAGGUAUAUUGAAAAUUUGGAAAAAUGUAUUAAACUUGAAGUACUGAAUCUCAGCUACAAUCUGAUAGGGAAGAUUGAGAAGGUGGACAAGCUGUCUAAAUUACGUGAACUCAAUUUAUCAUAUAAUAAAAUCUGCAAAAUCGAAGGUAUAGAGCAUAUGUAUAAUCUGCAAAAGCUCAAUCUUGCAGGAAAUGAAAUUGAACAUAUUCCCGCAUGGUUAGGGAAGAAGUUAAAAUCUUUAAGAGUCCUCAAUCUGAAAGACAACAAAAUAUCAUCGCUCCAAGAUGUAAGCAAGUUGAAGCCACUUCAAGAUUUGACUUCUCUGACGUUAAGUGAAAACCCAAUUGUGACCCUUCCUCAUUACUUCCAGUUUACUGUUUUCCACCUUCGUUCACUAGAAAGCUUGGAAGGUCAGCCAGUAAACACGCAAGCCAGACAGGAAGCUUUUGAGAGAUUCAGUUUAGAAGAGGUAGAAAGAUUGGAAAGAGACUUAGAAAAGAAGACGAUGGAAACUGAAGAGCUUAAAAGCAAACAGUCAAGGUUCCUUGAAGAAAUUAAAAAUCAAGAAAAGUUGAAUAAAUCAUUAAAAGAGGAGGCUGUGUUACAGAAACAGAACUAUGUGGACCUAGAGAGUAAUCUAAGCACGAAAAAUGAAUUGCUAAAACAGAAGACCAUUGAACUAACGCGAGCAUGUCAGAAACAAUAUGAGUUGGAACAGGAGUUGGCCUUUUAUAAAAUUGAUGCUAAAUUUGAGCCACUCAAUUAUUAUCCAUCAGAGUAUGUUGAAAUUGAUAAAUCCCCAGGUGAAAGCCCUUACAUUGGCAAAUCCAGAUAUAAGAGAAAUAUGUUCGCAACAGAGAGUUACAUUGUUGCUAAUGUCCAGCCAGUAGCAAUCAAGAAGAUGGAGCAAGUUGAAGCAGAACAACUUAGAAAUGAGCAUGUGAACCUGAGAGCACAAACACCAUUGGACAUACAAUUGGAAGACAAGGAAAAAAAAAUAAGUACAGCACAAACUCAACUAUCAGAACUGCAUGGUGAAAUUGAAAAAGCAGAACAACAAAUUUUAAGAGCUACUACAGAAUUUAAACAACUAGAAGAAGCUAUACGACUUAAAAAAAUUUCAGAAGCAGAAAAAGACCUUCUUUUCAAGCAAUUGAGUGAUAGGCUCCAACUUCUAAAUAAAUUGCGCCAAGAAGCUGUGGAUCUGGAAAUGCAAAUGGUAAAACUAAAGCAAGAAAUUGUUGAAAAACAGAAAGAGAUCAAGGACCUGCAAAUAGUCAUCGAUAGCCUGGAUUCCAAAGACCCAAAACAGUGCCAUAUGAGGGCUCAGAAAAGGGGUAAACAACAACAACUUGACAGUAUGAACAAACAGUGCAAACAGCUUGAAAGCCGUUUGGAUGAAAUACUUUCUAGAAUUGCUAAAGAAACUGAAGAGAUUAAGGAUCUUGAACAACAGCUGACAGAAGGUCAGAUAGCAGCAAAUGAAGCCUUGAAGAAGGAUUUAGAAGGUGUCAUUAGUGGGUUGCAAGACUAUCUGGGAACUGUCAAAGGCCAGGCAACUCAGGCCCAGAAUGAGUGCAGAAAACUACAGAAUGAGAAAGAGGCAUUGCUGCAGAGACUAACAGAAGUUGAGCAGGAGAGGGACCAACUGGAAAUAGUUGCCAUAGAUGCAGAAAACAUGAGAAAGGAGGUUGCAGAGCUAGAAAGUGCCCUCCAGGAGCAGUAUGAGGCAAAUGCAUCUCUGCAGCAGGCCCAGGGAGAUCUCAGUGCCUAUGAGGCUGAACUAGAGGCUCAGCUUAAAAUAAGGGAUGCUGAAGCCAGCCAGCUCAAGGAAGAUUUGGAAAAACUUCGAAGGCUCAGCCAGUUAGAACAGUCAGCCCUUCAAGCAGAACUUGUGAAGGAAAAGCAAGCCCUCCAGAAUGCCCUUGGAGAAGCCCGGCUCUCAGAAGAAAAAGAGCAAGAAAAUAGUGAGCUCCGUACACAACUUAAGCAACUGCAGGAUGACAAUACUCUGUUAAAACAACAGCUUAAAGACUUCCAAAACCACCGUUACAAUGUGGUUGAUGGCUUGAUUCGUCCAGAAGAAGUGGCAGCUCGUGUGGAUGAACUAAGGAGAAAGCUGAAGUCAGGAGCUAGAGAAAUGAGAAUUCAUAGUCCUUCUGAUGUCUUGGGGAGAAGUCUUGCUGAUCUGCAGAAACAACUCGGUGAAAUCCUUGCACGUUCCCACUGGGAAAGAGAAGAAGCACAAGUUAGAGAGCGAAAGCUCCAAGAAGAAAUGACUCUGCAGCAAGAAAAGCUGGCAAAUGGACAAGAAGAAUUCAGGCAGGCCUGUGAGAGAGCCCUUGAAGCAAGAAUUAAUUUUGAUAAGAGGCAACAUGCUGCAAGAAUUCAACAGUUGGAGAAUGAAAUUCACUACUUGCAAGAGAAUCUAAAAAGUAUGGAGGAAAUCCAAGGUUUUACAGAUCUCCAGCUUCAGGAAGCUGAUGAGGAGAAGGAGAGGAUUCUAGCCCAACUUCAAGAGUUAGAGAAAAAGAAGAAAUAUGAAGAUGCCAAAUCUCAGGAACAGUUUCUUGGCUUAGAUAAGGAAUUAAAGAACUUAAAGAAAGCAGUAGCUGCUUCUGAUAAGCUAGCCACAGCUGAGCUCACCAUUGCCAAAGACCAACUUAAAUCCCUUCAUGGAACUGUUAAGAAAAUUAACCAGGAGCGAGCAGAGGAGUUGCUGGAAGCGGAGAAGUUCAGUCGGAAGGCUGCACAAGCAGCCAAAGAUCUCGCCCGAGCAGAAGCAGAGAUCGAGCUCCUGCAGAAUCUUCUUAGGGACAGAGAAGAGCAGUUGCAACUUGAGAUGGAAAAAGUAGGCUCUGCAGGAGUACACGGAGAAGCACAUCCACAGGUGCUAGAAAUUCAAAAGCUGAAUGAGACAAUGGAGAAACAAAGAACAGAGAUUAAGAGGCUGCGGAAUUUACUAGAUCUCACUGAGGCCGAUAAUAAAGGAAGCUUUGAAAAUGUUUUGGAAGAAAUUGCUGAACUCCGACGUGAAGUUUCUUGUCAGAAUGAUUAUAUCAGCAGCAUAGCCGAUCCUUUCAAAAGACGAGGCUAUUGGUAUUUUAUGCCACCACCAUCAUCAUCAAAAGUCUCCAGCCACAGUUCUCAGGCUACCAAGGACUCUGGUGUUGGCCUAAAGUACACAGCUUCAACUCCUGCUGGAAAAACACAACAGGAUGGGAAGGAGAGCAUUGGACCUCCACCUGCCUUUGGUUACUGGGUUUACUCUCCCAUCAGGAGUGGAUUACAUAAAUCAUUUUCAAAUAGAGAUGCAGAUGGUGGAGGAGACAGCCCAGAAGAAAGCGAGCUGGAGGACAAGGAGCACCCAUUUGUGCCUCCUCCCGGAUAUGUGAUUUAUACUGUGUUUCCUGAUGGUUCUCCUGUACCCCAGGGCAUGACCCUGUAUGCUCCACCUCCUCCUUUGUCAAAUAAUAGCCAAGCUCUCACUGCUGGCACUGUUGUUUAUGGUCCACCUCCUGUUGGGGCCCCCACUGUGUAUGGGCCUCCACCCCCCAACUUCUCUGUCCCACUCAUCCCCUUGGGUGUGCUGCAUUGCAAUGUCCCGGAACAUCAUAACUUAGAGAAUGAAGUUUCUAGAUUGGAAGACAUGAUACAACAUUUAAAAUCAAAGAAACAGAAAUGGUGGAUGAGAACAUUCAAGCGGCAAUCUGAGAAAGAACUAGACGUACUGCAUAAUAACAUUGAUGGUCUUUUGCAAGAAAAGAGAGACUUGGAGCAUGAAGUAGAAGAAUUACAUAGAACCAUCCAGAGACAUCAGCAUCGGAAAGAUUCUGUUGAUGGAAAUGUUGAGUGUCUUAUGAAUGAACUAGAAAUUGAAAAAUCGCUCAAACACCAUGAUGAUAUUGUAGAUGAAAUUGAGUGUAUUGAGAAGACUCUUCUAAAGCGUCGAGCAGAGCUCAGAGAAGCCGAUCAGCUCUUGGCAGAGGCUGAGAGUGAACUCUCAGGCAUGAAAGAGAAAACAAAAAAUGCUGUUGAAAAGUUUGCUGAUGCCAAGAGAAAUUUAUUGCAAGCCGAGUCAGAUGCUGAAGAGUUAGAAAGGAGAGCUCAGGAAACUGCUGUUAACCUUGUCAAAGCAGACCAGCAACUCAGGUUGCUGCAGGCUGACACAAAGAUUUUGGAACAGCACAAAACUGAACAAGAAGAAAUACUGAAAGAAAUCAACAAAGUUGUUGCAGCAAAAGACUCAGACUUCCAGUGUCUAAACAAGAAGAAGGAAAAACUGACAGCAGAGCUGCAGAAGCUACAAAAAGACAUCGAAACCGCAGAACACAAUGAGGAUCACCACCUGCAGGUCCUAAAAGAGUCUGAGACCCUCCUACAGAUCAAGAGAACUGAGUUAGAAAACCUGAAAACCCAGGUAGCAGGUCAGCAGCAGGAGAUGACUGCAUUGGACCAGCAAUUAGAACAUCAAAGAGAGGAACUACAUCUACUCCAGAACAGCAUGGUCCAGGCUAAAACUGAUCUCCAGGAAGCUCUGAGGCUGGGAGAAAAUGAAGUAAUAGAGAAAUGUAAUCACAUUAGGGAAGUAAAAUCUCUUCUGGAAGAACUGAGUUUUCAGAAAGGAGAACUGAAUGUUCAGGUUAAUGAAAAAAAAACUCAACUUGUACUUAUAAAGCAGGAAAUUGAAAAAGAGGAAAAAAAUCUCCAGGUAGUUGUAGUACAGAUGUCUAACCAUAAAACUGAAUUAAAAAAUAUUCUGGACAUGUUGCAACUUGAAAAUAAUGAGCUGCAAGAUUUGAGGCUACAGCAUGACCAAAAGGUGUCUGAGUUAGAGAAGACCCAAGUUGAAAUACUAGAGGAGAAGCUGGAGUUAGAGAAUUUGCAACAGACAGCCCUGCAGAAGAAAGGGGAAAUAGAAUGGCAGAAGCAGCUCCUCGAGAGAAACAAACGGGAAAUCGAGCACUUAUCUGCUGAGACACAAGCAUUACAGUCAUGUGUUCAGUCUUUGAGCAGUGAAAAAAAAGAUCUCGAGGAGAAAUGUGACAGCUGGGAAAAGAAGUUGACACAAACCAGACGGGUUUUAACAGCUACAGAAGAGAACAGCAAAAUGGAGCAAUCAAACCUAGAAACAUUACAAUUGGAUGUCAGAAAACUGCAGCAGGAAUUGGACCGACUAAAGAGAGACAAGCUCUCAAUGCAUAAAGACAUUGCGGCAAUGCAGCAACAGCUACAAGAAAAAAGAGAAGCAGUAAACUCACUGCAAGAAGAACUAGUUGAUUCCCAAGAGGAUUUAAGUUUAAUAAGACAGGACCUGCUGCAAACCACCAAGCAUAAGGAUGUGCUUCUCAGUGAGCAGUCUAGGCUCCAGAAGGGCAUCAGUGAGUGGAUAAAAAAGUUUGAAGACUGCCAGAAAGAAGGGGAGACAAAACAGCAACAACUUCAAGUGCUUCAGAAUGAGAUUGAAGAAAACAAGAUGAAGCUGGCAGAACAAGAAAUGAUGUCUCAAAAACUCCGGAAAGAGAGAGAAAGUGAAGAAAAGAAACUUGAAGCCAGUAAAACAGAACUGAAGGAGCAGCAGCAGCAGCUAGAAAAGGAACUAACAGACCAGAAAGGCAAACUGGACAAGGUGGUUACAGAAAUGUUGGCAGCUGAAGAGCGUGUGAGGACUCUACAGGAAGAGGAAAGGAGGGGUGAGACCCUGGAGAAGACACUUUCUCAAACCAAACAACAGCUUUCAGAACGGGAGCAGCAAUUAAUGGAAAAGUCAAAUGAGCUUCUUGCUCUCCAGAAAGAGACGGACUCUAUGAGGGCAGACUUUAGCCUCCUGCGGAACCAGUUUUUGACAGAAAGAAAGCAAGCUGGGAAUCAGAUUGCUACCUUGAAGGAAGCACUUAAGAUCCAGAGGAGCCAGCUGGAGAAAAACCUUCUUGAGCAAAAGCAGGAGAAGAGCUGCAUGCAGAAGGAAAUGGCAACAAUUGAACAGGUGGCCCAGGACAACCAUGAGCGGGCCAGGCGCUUAAUGAAGGAACUCAAUCAGAUGCAGCAUGAAUACAUGGAGCUUAAGAAACAGAUGGCAAACCAAAAAGAUUUGGAGAAAAGACAAACAGAAAUCAGUGAAGCAAUGAAAGUGCUUAAAUCUGAAGUGAAAGAUGAAAUCAGAGCCAGCCUAAAGAAUCUCAACCAGUUUGCUCCAGAAUUACCGUCAAGUCUAGAAGCUAUUUUAGAAAGAAAUGAAAGCCUGGAAGGAGGGUUGGAAAGCUUGAAAGAGAACUUUCCAUUCACCAUGAAUGAAAGACCAUCACCUUUUGAAGAUAAACUGAAAUUUUCCCAGGUUCACAUAACAGAUGAGCACUGGCGUGGAGAGGCACUCCGGGAGAAACUGCGUCACCGUGAAGAUCGACUCAAGGCCCAACUUCGACAUUGUAUGUCCAAGCAAGCAGAGGUGUUAAUUAAAGGAAAGCGACAAACAGAGGGUACUCUACACAGCUUGAAGAGACAAGUUGAUGCUUUAGGAGAAUUGGUCACCAGCACCUCUGUGGAUACCUCAUCAUCUUCAACCAGUUUUUCUCAGCUUGACUGUUCCUUUGUUGAGGGCUCUCACCUUGGACGAAUCCAGGAAAGACUGACCUAGCCAGAUGAGGAACAAUCAUCUUGCAUAAAUUUGAGGAAAUACCUUCUCCACUACCUCAACUUCAUAAUUGGAACACCACUUGGUUUUUUGAAUCAAGUUCCAGUGGAUUUAGAUGCAAAAAUUCCACUGUAAUUUAUCAAUGCCAGGAUUUUUGUAAAUAUCUUGUACAUAUCAGAAUAGUUAAUAUAUAAUUUAAACCAGGGUACUAUAUUGUUGAGGGUACUUUGUUUU